AUGGGAAAGGGGCAAGAGCCGCAAGGACAGCCAGGGCCUCAAGGCCAACAGAGCCAAGGCUUCGGAAAAUCUGGAGGCAAGAGCGGUGGCGGAGGCAAGAAUAAUAGCGGGGGCUCCUCAGGACUCGGAGGAGCAAGCGAACGGAGCAAAGGAGGCGGAAAGGCGGCGAAGAGCCAGCCCACUGAGAUGACCCUCGAGGAGUAUCAAGCCGAACAGAAGAGAAAGGCUGCCGAAAAGAAGGAAAAAAUGUUGAAGCAGCAGGAGGAGGCACGGGCUGCUGCCAAAGCGCGCGCAGAGGCCUUCGAAAGGGGCGAGCUGCCCGUUGAGGAGCCGAAGGAAAAGCCCAAGCCAGAGCCCGAAAGAGAGGAGGUUCAGGCACCCCCAGCGGCCAAAGCAGAGCCGGAAGUCGAGAAGCCGAUGCCCGCAGAGCCGGAAGACGACUGGGAGGCGGAAGCAGAAAAGGAAGAAACUCCUGCGCCCGUGCCCGCGCCCGCGCCUGCGCCGGCUCCAAAGAAGGAGAUAGCAGACUCGAGCAAGGCCCAGAAAGCUCCGGCACCGCAGCCGCAAGAGGAGGAGCCGGAGGAGGUCUCGGCAGAGCCUGCUGAGGUCAAAGUAGAUGGAAAGGACGCGGAUCGCAAGGUACCAGAUCCUCGUCCCCACCUCAACGUGGUCUUCAUUGGCCAUGUCGAUGCUGGCAAAUCUACGACUUGCGGUAACAUCCUCUUUCUCUGUGGGAUGGUCGAUGAGCGAACCAUCGAGAAGUACAAGCAGGAGGCCGCCAACAAGGCCGGUGAAAGCUGGUUCUUGGCCUUCAUCAUGGAUACGAGCGAGGAGGAGAAAGUCAAGGGCAAGACUGUCGAGGUGGGCCGGGCAGCCUUCGAGACGACGAAUCGUCGCUUCACAAUCCUGGAUGCUCCCGGCCACAAGUCCUACGUUCCCAAUAUGAUCGCAGGAGCAUCUGCCGCCGACGUUGGUGUGCUAUUGGUUUCUGCUAGAAAAGGCGAGUUCGAGACAGGCUUUGAGAAGGGAGGACAAACUUGCGAGCACGCCUUGCUGGCAAAAACUCUCGGAGUCGAGAAGCUGGUCAUUGCAAUCAACAAGAUGGAUGACCCCACUGUCGAAUGGGACGAGAAGAGGUACAACGACAUUGUGAAAAAGAUAGGGGCUUUUCUCAAAAAGAGUGGCUACAAGGAUGACCAAGUCAUUUUUCUUCCCAUGUCGGGGUUGAUGGGGGACAACAUCAAGGAAAGGAAAGGCACGCCUGCCUGGUACACCGGCUUGACAUUGCUUGACUCAUUGGAUGGCAUUUCUGUAGCCGGUCGAAAAGCCGACGGCCCACUGCGAAUUCCAAUGAUGGAAGGCUACAAAGACAUGGGUGCAGUCACGGCCAUCGGGAAGAUAGAGCAGGGCACGGUCAGACCUGGGAUGAAGUGUGUCGUGAUGCCAACCAACAACAAAUGUCAAGUGACAGCAGUUUACAUCAACGAUGUAGAGAUGCAGUUUGCCACGUGCGGUGAGAACGUUACCUUGAAGAUGUCGGGGAUCGGCGAUGAGGAGCUGAAGAAAGGCUACGUAAUGUGCGCAGACAAGGUUCCCAUCCCAGUCGUUUCCAAGUUCAAGGCGACUAUUCAUGUCAUUGAGCUAGGGCCCGACAGGCCGGUGAUGACUUCAGGGUACGUUGCUGUCAUGCAUGCACACACCGCAAGCGAAGAAUGCGAGAUUCUCAAGUUGUAUGAGACCAUGGUUAUUCAAACCAAGAAGAAGGAGAAGAACCCACAGUUCGCAAGACCGGAUUCGGUAGUUGUCUGCAGCAUAAAGCUGGCACGACCGACGUCUGUGGACACGUUUACAUCUUCUCCACAACUCGGCCGGUUCACUCUUCGAGUAGACGGACGAACGAUUGCAAUUGGAAAGAUAACUGAGCUGCCAAAGUCUGCAGGGGAUGCCUGA